AUGGCACCUUCAGCGGAUCCCACGGCAAUUCUGUCGCAUCUACACCGUACAGAUGGGUCUGCAACAUUCUCACAAAAUGGUUACACAGUCAUUGGUGCCGUGAAUGGACCACUCGAAAUCCAAAGGCGCGAUGAGCUUCCAGAAGAAGCUGCAAUUGAUGUUAUCGUACGACCUGCGGCUGGGGUUGGAGGAACGCGGGAGCGACAUCUUGAAUCCAUCCUGCAAUCUACCCUCCGCCAGAUCAUACUCAUUCACAAUUUCCCGCGAACCUUAAUUCAAAUAACUCUUCAGAUCACGAGCACCCCUGAGAAUGAUACUGCGGGGUCAAAGUUGUUGCAAGCAAGCUCGAAUCUACCGAUCCUUCCCACUCUCCUUCAAACCGCUAUCAUGGCCCUUCUGUCCGCCUCAAUUCCUCUAUCCAUGACCUUGACCUCAACGUUCCUUGCUUUGACCUCAGGCGGCGCCUCCAGGAGCAUUGUUGUAAAUCCUACCCUCGUCGAAUCUCAAGCCGCGAACUCUGUCCAUGUGAUGGCUUUCACAUCUCAUGGGGAUCUACUGGUUGCGGAGAGCGAAGGAGACUUUACACUGAAGGAUUGGGAGGCGGCUCAUGAUGCGGCAAAAGCAAUAUGCUACGACGAUCCAAACAUAUCUGGAGUCAUGGCUGAUGAGGGCAUGGGUGAGAAGAAUGAGAGCCUGAAGAUGUUUGUCAAGUCAACACUGGAGGAUAAGAUCGAGAACGAUCUCCACUGGAAGGACUGA